AUGGGGGCGAUCAAGGGUGACGACAUGACGCCGCGCUUCUCGGAAAUGCCGAACGAGGGCUCGAUCACCGAGGGAACGAACUUUUCCUCGCUCACCAUCUUCUCCACCAACUUAGUGGCCACCAUGUCGCGCUGCAGCGUGAGCUGCUUGCCGUCGCACAGCAAGCUUAGCGUGGCCUCGCUCUUAGAGGUCAGCUCGUCCUCGAAAGCCUGGGCGCGUGGCACAUCAUCCUUCAAAGCCUCUAGCGCCUCGAGGAUCGUGGCCACAUCGGCCUUGAACGUUCGGCCAAUCUUGCCCUUGUUCGGCUUAAUCUCCACGAUCAGGCGCUUCUCGGGAUUCACGAGCGGUCGGCGUGGCCGGCGCACUCCACCCAGCCGGAGCUCAACUUGA